AUGACUCCGCCAUUUAUCACGCUCGAGGAACACUGGUACUCGCAGGCGGUCUUCGACUCAUACGACAGCUCCUUGAAAGAAGGAAUCACUAAAUGGCCAGGAGCACUCAAGAGACUCUUCGACGCCGGCGACCUCCGUCUCACAGAGAUGGACCACGGCAACGUGGCCCUCCAAGUUAUUUCCCACUGCGCUUCCGACAAUCCAUCGCUCGAGGUCUGCCGAGCUGGCAAUGAUCAACUGGCAAGCGAGAUACGCAAGACAGAGCAGACCAGAAAGCGCUUUGCUGGGUUUGCCGUCUUGCCCAUGGCACAUCCUGGGGCUGCAGCGAGCGAGCUAGAGCGGACGGUCAAAGAGCUUGGCUUCGUGGGUGCGCUGGUCGAUCACAAAACCGAUGACAAAUUCUGCGACGGGAACGAAUACGACAUUCUCUGGCAAAAGCUGCAAGACUUGGACGUCCCCAUCUACCUCCACCCGUCGUGGCCAACGCCAGAAUUCUUUCAAAGAUCCUACGCUGGGAACUAUCCACCUCGUUCUAUGACUGUGAUGGGAGGCGCAAUGUGGGGCUGGCACAGCGAGGUCGGCCUCCAUGUGCUUCGAUUGCAUGCAGCAGGAGUGUUUGACAAGUUCCCGAAGCUAAAGAUCAUUCUCGGCCACUUUGGCGAGAUGAUGCCAUUCAUGUUGCAGAGAAUCAUGGACCAAGAGUCGGUCAUGGGCAAACGAAAUCGGCCCUUUGGACAGGUGUGGAAUGAGAAUAUCUGGAUCACAACAUCAGCUGCGUACAGUGUCGAUCCCAUGCGCUGUAUCCUCGCCAACACCAAGGUUGAAAGGAUCAUGUACAGCGUCGAUUACCCAUUCACGACCAAUGAACACGGCCUCAAAUUCUUCGAAGAGCUGGAGAAGAGUGGCCUUGUGAAUGAGGAGCAGCUCGAGCUUAUUGCGUAUAAAAACGCGGAGAAUCUUUUGAGGGUUAAAAUACCAGCAGCAGAGCGGGCCAAUGGCCAUUUGAACAAUCAAGCUUGA